AUGGUGAAUACGAGGUCAUAUAUAAUAUUCCUGAUUGUUUCAUUAUUAAAAUUAACGAGAGCCAUAGACUCUAAAAUUGAAGGUCCGGUUAUAGGAAUUGAUCUGGGAACGACUUAUAGCUGUGUUGGUGUGUUCAAAAAUGGAAGAGUGGAAAUAUUGAAUAACGAGUUAGGUAAUCGUAUUACUCCAUCCUAUGUAUCUUUUGUUGAUGGGGAAAGAAAAGUUGGUGAAGCAGCCAAGUUAGAAGCUACUUUACACCCAACACAGACUGUGUUUGAUGUAAAGAGAUUAAUAGGUAGGAAAUUUGAUGAUCAAGAAGUAGUAAAGGAUAGAACAUUAUUACCUUAUGACAUAGUGAACAAUGAAGGAAAACCAAAUAUUAGAGUACAAAUAAAGGACAAAAGUACUACAUUUGCACCUGAACAAAUUAGUGCUAUGGUAUUAGAAAAGAUGAAAGAAAUAGCUCAAUCCUUUUUAGGAAAACCAGUUAAAAAUGCAGUAGUUACAGUACCAGCAUAUUUUAAUGAUGCUCAAAGACAAGCUACAAAAGACGCAGGAACAAUUGCUGGUUUAAAUAUUGUACGUAUUAUUAAUGAACCAACUGCUGCUGCUUUAGCAUAUGGUUUAGAUAAGAAGGAAGAAACUAGUAUAUUAGUAUACGACUUAGGUGGAGGAACAUUUGAUGUAUCAAUUCUUGUUAUUGAUAAUGGUGUUUUCGAAGUAUAUGCAACAGCAGGUAAUACACAUUUAGGUGGAGAAGAUUUCGAUCAAAGGGUAAUGGAUUAUUUUAUAAAAAUAUUUAAAAAAAAGAAUAAUGUAGAUCUAAGAACUGAUAAGAGAGCUAUUCAAAAAUUAAGAAAAGAAGUAGAAAUAGCAAAAAGAAAUUUAUCUGUUGUUCAUUCAACUCAAAUUGAAAUAGAAGAUAUUAUAGAGGGUCAUAAUUUUUCAGAAACAUUAACAAGAGCAAAAUUUGAAGAGUUAAAUGAUGACUUAUUUAGAGAAACUUUAGAACCAGUUAAAAAAGUAUUAGAUGAUGCAAAAUAUGAAAAAAGUAAAAUUGACGAAAUAGUCUUAGUAGGUGGUUCAACACGUAUACCUAAAAUUCAACAAAUAAUUAAAGAUUUUUUUAAUGGUAAAGAACCAAAUAGAGGAAUUAAUCCAGAUGAAGCUGUAGCUUAUGGUGCUGCUAUCCAAGCAGGUAUUAUUUUAGGAGAAGAAUUACAAGAUGUAGUUUUAUUAGAUGUAACUCCAUUGACUUUAGGUAUUGAAACUGUUGGUGGGAUUAUGACUCAACUUAUUAAAAGAAAUACAGUUAUACCAACAAAAAAAUCACAAACAUUUUCUACUUAUCAAGAUAACCAACCAGCUGUCUUAAUUCAAGUUUUUGAAGGAGAACGAGCAUUAACAAAAGAUAAUCAUUUAUUAGGAAAAUUUGAAUUAUCUGGUAUUCCACCUGCACAAAGAGGUGUACCAAAAAUUGAAGUCACAUUUACUGUUGAUAAGAAUGGUAUAUUACAUGUUGAAGCAGAAGACAAAGGAACUGGUAAGUCUAAAGGAAUUACUAUUACCAAUGAUAAAGGUAGAUUAUCAAAGGAACAGAUAGAAAAGAUGAUUAACGACGCUGAAAAGUUUGCUGACGAGGAUAAAAAUUUAAGAGAAAAAGUGGAGUCAAAAAAUAAUUUAGACAAUUAUCUACAAAGUAUGAAAGCAACAGUUGAAGAUAAAGAUAAAUUAGCAGACAAAAUUGAAAAGGAAGAUAAAACUACUAUACUUAAUGCUGUAAAAGAUGCUGAAAAUUGGCUAAGUAACAAUUCAAAUGCUGAUGCAGAAGCCUUGAAGCAAAAGCUGAAGGAUGUGGAGGCAGUCUGCCAGCCAAUUAUUGUCAAGUUGUACGGUCAGCCCGGUGCUUCUUCCCCUCCUCCAAGUGCAGACGAAGAUGUGGACAGUGAUGAGUUGUAG